AUGCAAGAGCAACUCGAAGAUCCGGUUCUUCCUAUCCAACUAGAUGAUUACGACGAUACACUUGCACUUCCCGACAUAGACGACGAGUUACUUGAUGAUUCGUCAAAUGUACAAGACGAUAUCGACGAAUUUUUUCGUAGGCGUUUUUCAUUUAGCGGUGGAUUAUUGGCGGGUUCUUCUGGAGGGCCACCGCCGCCACCACCUUCUCGUCUUCCGAAUCUGCCGGAUGCACCGGCCGAGUUAGUGAGACAGAUCUUUGACUGACACCCAGACCUUGCCAUGGAUUUUCGUCUGAAAACCAGACAGCUGAGGUCAGCAUACAUGGAUGCCCUCCUCGGCCUUGUCAAGAGAGUGUGCUUACCGCUACAGAAGCUGACAGAAGACGACAUAAUCGACGUAGAAGACAAACUGACUGAUCUGACGGAUGCAGGGUUUAAGAUGGAUUGGUUGAAGAAGAAGGUAGAGGAGGUUAACGUGGAGAAGGAAAAAGUAGAGGAGUGUGAGGCCAUGAUCCUGGAAGUGGAGGAAGAGUCGCAGAAACUGAAACAGAGGCUGUCGGAAGUGGAAGCUGAGUUGCUAAAGGAGAAAACAGAGGUUUUUUGCUGCUUUGAAGCUCGAAGACAUUGCUUGAUGUCACAAUGUACAGGAGGACCAGAGUUCGUCUUCUUUUGUAGUUGA